AUGGGUUCAUAUCCGCAUCUGAUUCAAGGUCGACUGGCUUACAUCACUCCUGAUAGCCAAGCUACGGGAGUCAGCAUCGCAACAUGGUUCCUCGCCACGACCUUUCUGAUCAUGUACCUCUCGGGUCAGACCGUGAAGUACCUCAUGCUUCAACGAUUCCGACUGGAUGAUUAUUUCAUGCUGCUUGCCACGAUAUUCUCGUUCGGGUUGUCUGUAUCAUAUUCCAUAGCAGCAUCCAACGGACUGGGAAACCGCACUGUUUCUAGUGAGCAGAUGAGCACCAUCCAGAAGGCUUACUACGCUGCCGACGUGCUAUAUGUCCCCUCCGUGUGCUUGGUCAAAAUCUCCCUGUUAGUCUUCAUACGUCAGAUUGCCAUCGAAACAAGGCUAUCACGUUUCGUCCUGUCACUGGUCGGUUUCACCGCUGUCGGCGGCGUCGCAGCCACGUUGGCGGCUGCAUUCCAGUGCCAAACCCCUACAACAUGGGAGAUAUUCACCCCCAAGUGCUUCAACCAGUCGGGGUUUUGGGUUGGAUUUGGCGUCAUCGACAUGCUUACUGACGUCUCAAUCGUCGUCGCCUCUGUGGUUCUUGUGUGGAACGUUCAGCUUGCAUUUUCGCGGAAAGCGGUCGUCGUAGCCUGCUUUGCUCCCCAAAUUCUUGUCAUUAUAACGGCGGCAUGUCGACUAGCCUAUCUUGUACCGGUCACUUCGUAUGACAACCCGGCAUUCCGCUCGUGGAUAGCUGUGGUGUGCACGGAGGUUCAAGUAUGUUUGAGUGUAUCCACUGCUUGCAUUCCGGGCGUGAAACCGCUUUUCGAGGCGAUCGAGGCCGGUGUUUGGCAGUCUGAUGAACUUCGCCGCCGUGGCCUUUCACUGGACAAUCUACACAGCAGAGGAUACCUGAAGAACACGGGGAGCUGGAUGGAGUUGUCGGACGCUGUCUCUAACAGCAGGACGAAUAUGGCUCCAAGUGCAGCAUCUCGCAACAUAGACAGCCGCGAGGGCGUUGACCAAGCUUCUAUUCAGUCAUCGUCUCAGGUCGACCGGGAUUAUGUCAGGAGAGCAUCCAUUCAAGAGCAUGUUUGA